AUGUCUACACCAGCAGAUUCCAAAGUCAGCGAUCCCUAUCGUCUCCCGAAGAACAUCAAGCCCGUUCACUACAGCCUCCUCGUCAGGACUGACCUCGACGCGCUUGAGUUUCAAGGUCGUGUCGCCAUAGAGUUGGAUGUCUUGGAAGAGACCUCGACCGUGUCUCUCAAUGUGGCCAAGCUUGACAUUGACCAUGUCACCCUCCUCUGGGGAGAAAACACGACAGAAAUCAAAGAGCAACAUCUGGAUGAAGACCUUGAAAGACUCACACUCAAAACGGGAAAACCAUUGUCCAAGGGACGCGCACACCUCGUAAUUUCGUUCAGAGGGCCACUCGGAGAUCAAAUCAAAGGCAAGGUGUCGAUGACUGGCUAUUACCGCUCUCAGACGGAGAUUGAUGGCAAGAAAAUGAACUACAGUCUCACUCAAUUUGCGCCGACCGACACGCGCAAGGCGUUUCCAUGCUGGGACGAACCGGCUUUGAAAGCCACUUUCGAUAUCAUCAUGGUUUCCCGCGAAGGAACGGUCAAUCUCUCGAAUAUGCCUGUCGCUUUCGAGGUACCUCUUUCUCGUAUAUCCGACCAAGCCGGUGACUCCACAGAGGAGCUGGCCUUGGGACUUGCAAGCUUGAAGAUGAAGGGGUCCGAGGCUGGCUGGAAACUCACCCGUUUUCAGACAUCACCAAUUAUGUCAACGUACUUGGUCGCGUACGCCAACGGGCCAUUCGAAUACGUCGAAGACUAUUCUACUUCUCCAUUAACUGGCAAAGUACGCCCAGUCCGUGUAUAUGGGACAAAGGAUGUCAUCCAUCAAGCCAAGUUUGCCCUGGACGUCAACACCAAGUGUCUUUCUAUCUACGAAUCGGUCUUUGACAUCGAGUUUCCUAUACCAAAGCUAGAUGUUUUGGUCGCUCACGACUUUGAAUCAGGAGCGAUGGAGAAUUGGGGCCUCAUCGUCGGACGCACGACGGCGUAUCUCAUUGACGAGAAGAGUGCAAUCACACUCAAGAAGCGCAUAGCAGGGGUCGCUACUCACGAAGUUGCUCACCAAUGGUUUGGCAAUAUCACGACCAUGGAGUGGUGGGAUGUCUUGUAUCUCAACGAAGGUUUUGCAACUCUCAUGGGAGAACUGGUUAUUCUCGACAAGCUGUUCCCCGAAUGGGGCUGUAGAAUGUCAUUUAUCAACGACCAUUUAGAGAGGGCCCUUGCACUCGAUGCGCAGCGCUCGAGCCAUCCCAUAGAGGUACCUUGUGACGAUGCAAAGAAGCUGCAUAUGAUCUUUGACGCCCUUAGUUACUCGAAGGCUGGAGCUGUUCUUCGCAUGCUUUCCGAGUUUGUGACCGAGGAAAAGUUCCUCAAGGGCGUGUCACUGUACCUCAAAAAGCACUUGUAUUCUAAUGCCCGAACUGUCGAUCUCUGGAAUGGGGUCUCCGAGGCCACAGGUCAAGACGUGGCGAGCAUCAUGCACGAGUGGAUCAACAAUGUUGGAUUCCCCGUUUUGAAAGUCACAGAGACUUCGGAUGGCAUCACAGUCAGGCAAGAGCGCUACCUCGAGACCGGAGAUGUCAAGGAGGAUGAGAACCAAACACUCUGGAAGGUUCCUUUGAAUAUUCUCAAAGUAGAUAAGAGUGGACAGAGUGUUGUGGAUCGAAGCAUUCUCUUGACGGAGCGGGAAUCAACUUAUCCAGUGGAUACCAGCAAACCAUACAAGCUCAAUGCUGGGACUUCGGGUGUUUACCGCGUCCUUUACCCACCAGAACGAGUCAAAUUACUGGGUCGACAAGCUGCUGAUCCCAACUCUCCGUUCGCGGUCACGGAUCGCAUGGGUCUCAUCUCAGAUGUGAUGGUUUUGGCAAAAAGUGGCCUAUGUCGUACAAGUGACGGGCUGGCGCUCAUCAACGAGCUCAGGGGAGAAGCUGAGUAUCUCGUAUGGCAAAGUAUUGCCGACAGAUUGCGCGGCGUGCUCGAGGUUUGGUGGGAGAUGACAGACGAAGUACGAUCCAAUAUGCAAGCGUUCCUCCAGUCUUUAUUUGUGCCAUUAGUAGAGAAAUAUGGCUACGACUCGCGAGAAUCGGACACCGUCGAUGGUCGUCAACUUCGAACACUCGCAAUCAAUGAAGCUGCCAAUUCAGAGACGCCAACAGUUGUCGAAGAGUUACGCUCCAGGUUCAAGGCCUUGGUCGAGCGAAAUGAUUACUCGCACAUCCUACCAGAUAUCCAAACCUCGACCUUUGUAUGUGGGGUACGUUCUGGAGGAAAGGAAGAAUGGGAAACGGCCAAAAAAGUGUUUCUCAAUCCGCCCUCGCCGUCGAUGAGGAGGAGCGCUCUCGAUGCCAUGACGGCUUCAAAGGAUCCAGAGAUCAUCGAAAUCGCGCUUAAUUUUAUGAUGAACGAGCUGAAAGCUGGGGACGUUACGUUCUUCGCGAUGGGCCUCAAUAGGAACCGCUUUGCACGCCGCAGGGCCUAUGAGUUCUUCAAGGAAAACUUUGACACGCUUGACAAACGCUUCGAGGGUUCAUUCGCUUGGCCAUAUGUGAUCAAACUGACCCUGAACGGCUUCUCGACCAAGGACGACCUCGAAGACGUCCAGGCGUUCUUUGAGACUAAAGAUACUACCAACUAUUCUAUGCCUGUGGAACAGGCGUUGGACGCUAUUCGGAGUAACGUCAAGUGGUUCAACCACAGCAAUGAUGAUCUGGUUGCAUGGCUCAAGCAAUGGGCAGAGUCGCAGGGGACGUCGAAGUAG